AUGUUCCACGCCGCCGUCCGCCCAGUGGCUUUCGCAGCUCGCGCUGCAGCCCGACCUUCCCUGGCCGUCCGUGCCAUCGCCACCUCUGCUGCUCGUCGCUCCGAGCACGCCUCCACCCCCCAGAUCUUCGGUCCUGGCGCGAAGCCCGGCGAGGUCCCCACUGACGAGAACCAGUCGACCGGUGUCGAGCGUCUGCAGGUGCUCGGUAACGUCGAGGGCGUCGACGCCUUCGACUACGCCCCCCUCGACUCCAGCCGGAUUGGCACGCUUGCCGAUCCCGUCAAGGUCUACUCCUUGACUCCCAGCCGUCUGAUUGGGUGCACCGGCAGCCCCGCGGACUCUCAUGAGCUGCUGUGGAUGAACCUGAAGAAGGAGAAGAACAGGCGCUGCCCCGAAUGUGGUUCCGCUUACACGCUUGACUACCACGGUGACGAAUCCCUGCACACCCAUUAA